ACAGUCACAAACCACAGUGACACACCGUUGUGAGAAGCCGAAGAGCUGAUAGUAUUCAUUCUACACUUUACAGUUAACAGUUACAUCUACGCUCUACAGCAUCGGAUAGUUGGAUACUAUGGUUUGAUACUACUGCCACACAUAUUUCUAUAAUUCUAUUCAGCAUUCAAUAUUGAAUAUGCUACUUAAUAACUAACGCCGUAAUUAAUUGUAUUGUGACAAACUGACAUCUAACAAUAAUAUUUGUGUUAGAAGUAAUAACAUAACUUUGGUACCUAUCUGAAAGGUUUCGUCCCUGUGUUUUCCCAUCGAGCUCUGUUAAUCAAAAACCAUACACAAUGUGUGCUAAAAUGGCUUUCACUCAUCAACCUGGCACCGCCAUGGAAUGCCUUAGUAUACCUAUUACUUUAACGAAAGAAUCUGCAAUUGAUACUGAUGGUCGUGAAUUAUUAAAAUGCGGGUUCAAAAUUGGUGGAGGCAUUGAUCAAGAUUUUAGGAAAAGUCCUCAAGGAUAUACAGAUAAUGGUAUUUAUGUAACUGAAGUACAUGAUGGAAGUCCCGCAUCUAGGUCUGGAUUACGUAUACAUGACAAAAUAUUACAAUGUAAUGGAUAUGAUUUUACAAUGGUAACCCAUAAAAAAGCUGUGGAUUAUAUUAAGAAGCAUAAAAUACUAAAUUUAUUAGUUGCUCGAAGAGGUGUUACAUCAACAUAAAAUAUUACAAACUUGAAAAAAGUCAUCUAUUAUUACUACAUACAACCAAAGGUUUAUUAAUUAAUUAAAUUAUUUAUCCUAUUUACCCAUAGAUGGUAAUGUUUUUAUACCACCUAUUUUAAAAUAAAUGAUUUUAUUUAUAUGUUUAGUUUAUUUCUAUGUAAAUGAAGUAAUGUUAUUAUAUUUUUUUUAAAUAUGGUCAUGUUUAUAUCAAAACUGAUCAUCAUUGUUAUUGUGCAUUUACCCUGAUAGUUUCAAUUCUUACUUUUAUAUUCCAAUUUUUUAUUCUUUCAUGUUUGAGAUUUCAUGUAUUACAAAUUAAAAUAACGGGUGUUCUGUAAUUUAUACGUAUUGAUUUAAAAAUUAUUAAAAGUUCCAAUUUUAAAUCAAUUUUCCAUUUGAAAACAAAAUACUUGUUUUGAUUUAUAUUUAUCUAUAUUAUAUAAAUUCUAGAAUUAUUCCAAAUGUUCUUAACCAAAUUUAUUUGUUGUUAUAGCUUAUAUUAUUUUUACAUUACUCUUCAGAUGUUUCAGUAUAUUAAAAUGUAUUAAGAUAAUUAAAUAUAAUUAUCUUUCUAUAUGUUGAUAAGUUACCCAGUAUAAAAUUUAAUGAAAAUAAUUUUAUACAUUUAUUUUUAUUUGUAGUAUAAACUGCAUUUUAUUAGGUGUAAGAAUACAACUUUAUAACUUAAUAUUAUUAGUACCCAUUACUUAAAUAUUAUGUUAAAACAUAUUAGACUAGUAAAAUAAUCUUAUAUUAUUAACAGUCCCGU